UCCUUGCUAUCACAGGGUUGUUUUGGAGGAAGUUAAAGCAGAUCCCGAAACAGAAAGAGAAAAAAGACCCGUCAUUAAGCAGGGGGGCAAUAACGACUACAGCACCCGUAUCGGUAUCCCCGAUUCCGGAUUAGUUCACUCAUACACUAGCCUAAACGACCCAGUGGUCCGCUGGCGACAGGGGCCGAAGUUAUUGUUUGUUUUCUUCAGAAACAUCAGGCUUGUGUGUAAGGGCACGGUAGCAGUUUAGCUCACAGGCUACACCACAGCACUAAUACAGCCUGAUAUUCGCUAGAUCUCCUGCUUUAUAAACCAGCUGUGACACUAUGACAUCAAGGAAGAAAGUUCUUCUGAAGGUGAUCAUCCUUGGAGACUCCGGGGUUGGGAAGACAUCUCUGAUGAACCAGUAUGUGAAUAAGAAGUUCAGUAAUCAGUACAAAGCUACUAUAGGAGCAGAUUUCCUGACAAAAGAAGUGAUGGUUGAUGACCGACUUGUCACAAUGCAGAUAUGGGAUACAGCAGGUCAAGAGCGGUUCCAGUCUCUGGGUGUGGCUUUCUACCGCGGUGCCGACUGCUGUGUGCUGGUGUUCGACGUCAGUGCCCCAAACACCUUCAAGACACUGGACAGCUGGAGGGACGAGUUCCUGAUCCAGGCCAGCCCACGUGACCCAGAGAACUUCCCCUUCGUGGUGCUGGGCAACAAAAUCGAUCUGGAGAAUAGGCAGGUAACAACCAAGCGGGCACAGGCUUGGUGUCAGAGUAAGAACAACAUCCCGUACUUUGAGACCAGUGCAAAGGAGGCCAUCAAUGUAGAGCAGGCUUUCCAGACCAUCGCGCGCAAUGCACUCAAACAGGAAACCGAAGUGGAGUUAUACAACGAGUUCCCCGAGCCAAUUAAACUAGACCGAAAUGAUAGAGCCAAGCCAUCAGCAGAGACUUGUAGCUGCUGAGGACCUCCAGGGGGCGCAGCGUUUCAUCCUCAGCCUCCCUGGCCUUGUCUCUGCCUCACUCCCUCUCUUUCUCAUGCGUUCUUUCUUUCAUCUCCUUCCCUCCCCUUAACUCUAUAAUCACUGGCCUUUGUAGAUCAGCAGACUUCCUCUCAUUCAGUAUCCUACACAGUUCGCAUUCACAGCCUUAGCCACAACACAACACACACACCCACAUAUGCUCAAGAGGCUCGAUCUGACACCCGUUUUCGUACACAGAUCUCGACACCUCGCACCGGUUCUGCAGAACUGUCACCUCACCCACAUAAAAAGACCUACUGGAACUCUUCACAACACUUGAAUGGCUCUUGAGAUUUUUUUAUAUGAUCCAGUCCUGCAGUGCAGUUGUAAUACAUGUGAUGUGAAACGCUGAAAGAUGGGGGUGUAUCAGAGGCGUAUGUUGGUACCAGAACUACCCGCCAUGUUCAACUGCUUCAUCAUUCUGCUUGAAAUAAAAUGGUGACCUGACGUAAAGCAUGCUACAUUUGCAUCUUAGAGUCGUGAACCCAAAAAUGCUCCUCAGUUUGUGAAGUCCCGAAGCACUGGAGGUCUAACACUGCCCCCGCUGUUACAUCUGAGAACUGCAGUCAGUUAAUCCAGUGUACGCCUAAUCGCCGUCCUCAAAAUGGAACACAAAAACACGAAUAGCAAACCGUGCAAUGGGGAAAUUUAGAUAUUACAUCUAAAUGAUCUACAGUUCAUACUAUUAUGACCAUUAGUAUUUUUGUGUAUUUUUUAUUUAUCGUCUAUCCUUGUGACAGCAUCACCGCAAGUCUGCCAUGAACAAGUAGUGGCGUAGGCCAUCUCUUGUCAUUUUUGUUUUUUUUUCUUUUCUUUCACAUCUUGCCCAGACUCUACCAGUAGCUCAGGAUGGUAGAGAAUUUAAGUGCUCAGUAUCACUCGGAUCUUUUCCUGUCUGUAUGUUCAUUAUUAUUGUAAUUAUUUUUAUUAUUAUCUGUCGCAUUACAUACAAUAAACACAACUAGACAACAUUGGGGGAAAACUGAAUUGUUCAUGACAUUUAAUGAAACAAAAUGCACAGCAUAUACAUUGUUCAAGAUAAAUGUAUUUCAAAGUAAUGGAAAUAAAAUUAAGUUGUUGAAUAAAACUGCUUUACAUUGUG